CUUACGGCCUACGGGUCAACCGACUUCAAAUUUUGGAUAUAAAAGGCAACUGCCGGUUUUUCAAGAAGAGUGUCAGGACUCAGGGUCCACAAUCUUUCGAGCUCACUGACCAGCAUAUAAUAACUCUGAAGCUUUCUUUUUCUCUCCCGUUUCUCGUUCGAAUCUGGAGUAACAAAAGGCUCAGUUCGCCACUUGUAACAACACCAAUCUUGUAGAGCCCCAAAUCGGUUUUCAGGACAACAUUGUGCUUCUUAGCUGCCUUCUCAUCUGCUUUUUUGCUCGUUCACUUCUUUUCUGUCGUUCACCGUCCUGAUACAAAAUGAAUAAUACCUCGCAAAUGCCUACUUCACCUACUGAUAAUACCUCCUCCCCUUCGGACGACCGUAAACAGAGUCCACCUGCGUUCUUGGACCUUGCGGAUUCCGCAGCGAGAUUGGGGAGUAAUAUGCCAGACAUGUCUGCGCGGGUUGAGCUGAAGCGUCUCGAACACGAGAGGCAACGUGUACUUCAGCGUAAAAUGUUCGAGGAUCAGAUGCGGGCUCUUGAACAGCAGCAAGCUCAGGAACUCCUCUCUAUUCCUGUCGAUCCCAGUACUCUCAAUGGCGCUGGCAUCCAGCAUCUCGCUGUCUCGGCACCUACUACACCGCCUCGGGUUAAUGCUGCCCUUCAAGGCGAAGCUCACCUGGGUGCAAAAUAUGGCCCCGGUGCAUAUUUAGUUGAUGCUGAUUCGCUCUCUAAAGCAGUUGGUGCCGCAGACAAACGCAAGUCGGUUACUUACGCUCCCUCCGUCAACAUUUCCCCCGACUUGUCCGCAGCUAAUGUGACUACCAACUAUUCCCGUUCUGCUGGGGCUAAAAGUAUGCCUGCCAGUCGCCGAACUUCUGCCAGUAGUCACGACGAUGAGUUGGCCAGUCAUUUGCAAGGGUUGUCUUUGGAGGGUCAACGUUCCAGGAAGGCCUCUCCCAUUCCUGCUCCAGUGUCAGCUUCCAUUCUGACGAGGGGCUCUCGGUAUGCGGAUGAUGAAGGUGCCCGCUAUGCAAGUACUUACAAUGCCGGAAUGAUGCUGGAUGAGCAAUUGGACCAGGAAAUGCAUAAUGCUAUGAGGCAUCUCCCAACUUCAGACGAGGACAAGUAUGCCAACUCGUUUGCAAACAAGGUGUCAACAUCGUCAGCGGCCCUGGACCUAGCCCACAUAUCUCAGAGCUCCAAUAAUCGCUCUCUUGACAACAGAGAUAAAAUAUCAGAAUGGCCUCAAUACCCUCGCGGCCCUGAGGGAAUCACAUCCGCGAAGUCUGAGAGACGCACUGUCACAAAUCCUGGUUUGAUUCUUGCAUCACCCGACGGACAGGCUAGUCUGGGCUCUAUAUCCGCUUCAGCCACUCCGCUCGUUUCGCAGCAUUCCCAGGGCAUUUCUCAUCAGCCUCCUUCGCCUAGUCACGGUUCGCCUCUCGGUCUUCUUGAAAGUAUGAACGGCACUACUCGUUCUGUGCCAGCCACUCCUCUCGGUCUUUCCAGCAGUCACAUCAUGAAGCCUCCCGGCACUCCCCUUGGCGAAUCUCAAGGAAUGAAUGGCCGAAUGUCCACACAAGGGAAUCACCUCAACGAUGCUAUAGAUAUUCAAGCCUCUUUGUCCCGCAUUCCUUCUGGUCGGUACGAGAAUGGCGCUCUCAAUUUCAAUGGGAUCCCACAAGGUCUCGAUGAACCUUAUGGUGCUGACUCAGGCUUUGGCUUGAGCGGUGGCCUUGAUGGGCGUUACAACUCAUACGCUGAUGUCAACAGCAACACGAGUGGCUCGACUGCAUUAUAUCAUCACAACGGGUCCCGUUACGGAUUGGGUCUCCCCGGACGUGCUAAUGCCGGGGUAGACGGAAAGAUGAACGGUUUACAUGGGCCCAAACACAAGCGUGGUGACAUGGAUCGUGAGUUCAAUCGAUUUGCGGGUACACGCCUUGAAGAUCUCCAGGGUGAGAUUCCGGCCCUUUGCAAAGAUCAACACGGUUGUCGCUACCUGCAAAAAAAGUUGGAGGAAGGUCUUCCUGAACACCGUGAUAUGAUUUUCCGUGAAACUUUCGGCCAUUUUGCGGAUCUCAUGACAGACCCCUUUGGUAAUUACCUCUGUCAAAAGCUUCUCGAGUAUUCCACCGACGAGCAGCGGAAUGUUAUCUGCGAGUCGGUUGCCCAGGAUUUAGUCAACAUAUCCCUCAAUAUGCAUGGCACGCGCGCCGUUCAAAAGAUGAUUGAUUUCCUUUCUACACAUCGACAGCAAGCCAAUCUCAGAUACAAUGCUCAGAUCCAUUCUAUCAUUCUUGCUCUGAGUCUCCAUGUUGUGGUGCUGAUCAAGGAUCUGAAUGGUAAUCAUGUUAUCCAGAAAUGCUUGAAUAAAUUAUCGCCCGAAGACAACCAGUUCAUCUACAAUGCUGUCGCUGCUAACUGCGUAGAAGUUGCUACUCACCGUCAUGGAUGUUGUGUUCUUCAACGCUGCAUUGAUCACGCUUCUGAUCAUCAACGUAUUCAACUUGUCAAUGAGAUCACUUUCAAUGCCCUCACCCUCGUUCAGGAUCCCUACGGUAAUUAUGUUGUACAGUAUAUCUUGGACUUGAACGACAACCGUUUCAGCGAUGCCGUAAUCCGGCAGUUCGCUGGCAACGUUUGUGCCUUGUCUGUGCAGAAGUUCAGCUCAAAUGUUAUUGAGAAGUGUAUCCGUGUCGCGGAACACAGCACCCGUAAAAUGCUCAUUGAAGAACUUCUCAAUCGCACUCGUUUGGAAAAACUGUUGCGAGAUUCGUAUGGUAACUACUGUGUCCAGACAGCCCUGGACUAUGCGGAUCCCGCACAGCGCGUUCUCCUCGUCGAGGGGAUCCGACCGGUCCUUCCCUUGAUUCGCAAUACCCCAUACGGUAAACGUAUCCAGAAUAAACUUCAGCGAGAGCAAAUGGAUCAGUUUGGUGGAUAUCAUAACCAACAGGCCCUUGUCAAUAUGGCUUUGAGCAACCCGGUAAUAGGGUUACCUCAAAACUCGGGCCGCCACCUCCAAGGCAACCCCCUUGCUGAUGUGUAUGGCGGGCAAAAUGGAUUAUACUCGCUCCAAUCGCAAGCAUCCUAUGCCCAGGCCCCUUUGGCGUCGCAGUUGCACGCUUUGCAGCCUCAGUCUAUCGACGGGUAUGUACUCCAAGGCAACCCCGGUCAUAGCCAAGGCCUUUCGCCAACACAUACAAAUGGUUUUUCUGGAGCGUCCUUCGCUGGCAUGGGCCAUUAUACUGGAUCGGUCUUGCCCAAUGCGCUCAGCGACCCCUACCAGAGGACUUCCUUUGGCUAUGGAAUGUAAAAAGCUUUUCACUCUUUCUAACCUAACAUCGACUCUGCCCGAAUUACAAUUCCCUCAAAUCUACCUUACUCGCACGACCCAAAUUUUGAAUCACUGUCUCCCUAUAUCAACCAUAGUCCCUUUUAUCUCUGGGUAUCCCCUGAUCUAUCAUACCAAGCUCCAUUGUAUUUUGCCAACUGCAUUAUCUUCAUCCAAUGUUUCGUACGCCUUCGCUGUUUCGAACAUUUUUCUUAUUUGGCACUACAUCAUUUGUACAGGUUCCUUCACUCACUCUAACUCGGUUGUCUGUCUAAUAGUAGUCCGUCCUAGCAGCACUAUUUGUCUGUCAUUCUGUAGUUACUUCCUCUAGCUGUAUAAAUUCGUUACUUAGAACUUGCUAUUGUGGAUCAUACUUAUAUCAUAUUGCUUGUCGUUUUCCAGAAUUUGUUU